AUGGCCUUGCUGACACGGCAAUGGGCCGUAUUCGCACUCCUCUCCAUAGGCUCUGUCUCGGUUCGCGACAGCCUGGAAGAGAUCACUGACGAGGUGCCCCAGCCGGAUGCGGACCCGCGGGCGUUCCCGCCGCUGCCCCUGUCGCAGCAAGCCCUCCUGGCUCCGCCGGCACUGCUCCCGCCUCUGGUGGAGGCGGUGGCGGAUGCAAGAACUCGAAGAACCACUUACCUGGGCAUCCGGGCAGCGAGAGAUUGGGUUGACGUUGUUGCUGUCAAGGGCAAGGGCAAGGAAGCCCCCGUGAAGAGCGUCUUCAAAGACCCGGCUGCGGCGAUGGCUUCACACGCCCCGGAAGAGUUCUGGCCACCUGAUUGGAGCGAUUGGGGCUGGGACGGCUGGGACGGCAGCUGGUGGGACGACAGUUGGUGGACAGGCUGGGAUGAUCCGACCUGGUGGGGCUUCGCAGAGCCAGCCCUUCCCGGUGGAGGUGUUUCGGACACAUCUGGACAACAGACCCUCUGCGACAGCAUUGAGGUUUCAGACCUUGAGAUCAUUAAGCAGCUGGAAAAGACCAUAUUAUAG